AUGCCUCUGUCUUAUCCAUCAGGCGCAAGAACACUGCACAGGCUGUCCCCAUUCCAGCGUCUCAUCAAGAUCGCACGACAUACGCCCUCUUCGUCCAGCGAUGCCGAUUCAGAUAGCAAUUCCUGUUCGGGCUUCAGGGUCUCCGAGUACGAGGACGUCGCAGAGGAGCCCGUCUCACGCAGCUCCAGACACGAAUCGCGAAAUGUAGACGAUACCAAGCUCAGGAAGCAAUGGGAUUCGAUCACAUGCGAAGGUUGUGGUCGCACCAUCGAAGAGCACGCUGCUCUGAGCGACGCGGACGACGAGGAAGCCACGCGCAGAGGCAAAGUCGCCGUGCGAUUGGACGAGCUCUUGGAGGACAAGGGAAAGCUGCUCGAUUUUGAGUACACGGACGCCGACAUCGACUCGCUACGCAAGCAGAUGAGGCCUGUAGGUGCCGACGGCCUCGUCGAGGCGUCCAGUCCCGUCUCGCAACUCAGCACAGUGCCGGACGCCACACCGAGUCCUCAUCCAUCAGCGCAGGCGCUACUCAACGGAUCCGGUCCGCAUUCGUCCACUCCGCUACUGCAAAGUCUCAAUCGCAAGCGCAAGCUCAGAGACAAUUCGCGAUCUCGGUCUCGGUCUCGCGACAGAGAAGCAUCAGUGGCCACCUCGAGUCGGCUCUCGAGCCCAGAAAUGACGGUCGUGCAUUCCAACCCAGCCUCACGACAUCAGUCCACGGAGCCGGGCGCAACCAAUGGACGGCACGACCCCAAACGGAGAAAGUUCGCAUCGUCCGACCUAGCAAAGGAAAGCACCGUCGAUGCGAGCAUGUCGACGGAUCUCAGCGAUGAAUCCGCAGAUCUCACCGGUGCGGAAGCGGCCGAGGCAACAGGAGACGGCGCCAAUGCAGAGGAUGGAGCAGCAGAGGCUGCAACAAAUGACGCUCAAGGUGCUGUCGUCUCGACCAGCUCGGUCGAAUCAGGUGAGACGAAAGUCAAAGCGGAAGAUGCCGUAGAUCUGGAAGAAGAGAUGCAGCCUGCGCCCAAGAGCGCCGCCUCUGCCGUCGAAGAAGGUGUCGCGCCCAAGAAGGAGCGUCCAGCGGUGAUCGAGGAGCGUACGGGCCUCAUCCAGUUCAGAGUGGUGACCAACGACGAUGACCACGAGUCGAUGAUCUUGCUCACGGGACUCAAGAACAUCUUUCAACGUCAGCUGCCCAAGAUGCCUAGAGAAUACAUCUCGCGUCUCGUCUUCGACCGCAACCAUCAGAGCGUAGCCAUCGUCAAGCGCGGAUUGCAGGUGGUGGGAGGCAUCACGUAUCGACCGUUCAAGCAGCGUACUUUCGCCGAGAUUGUCUUCUGUGCCAUCACCAGCACAGAGCAGGUGAAAGGGUACGGCUCGCACCUCAUGAACCACGUCAAGGAUCACGUCAAGGCCUCAUCGCCCGUCAUGCACUUUCUCACGUAUGCCGACAACUACGCGAUUGGCUACUUCAAGAAGCAGGGUUUCACCAAGGAGAUCACGCUGGAUCGUUCCAUUUGGGUCGGAUACAUCAAGGAUUACGAGGGCGGCACGCUGAUGCAGUGCAGCAUGGUACCACGCGUCAAAUAUCUCGAGGUGCAAGACAUGCUCGCAGCGCAGAAGGAGGCGGUACUUGCCAAGAUUCGGAGCAUCAGCCGGUCGCACGUGGUGCACAAAGGCCUGCAGGUGAUGCACGACCGCGAUCGAUUGAUCAAGCUCAAGGGACUGAUCGAGAAUCCAGAUGGAACCGUGGCCAAGCCAGAACGCGCGGCGAAGCGAGAUCAGCACCACGGCGAAGAGGAUCCGACGGCCACAUUCUUGGUGGAUCCGUCCGAGGUGCCAGGCUUGAAGGAGAGCGGCUGGACGCCCGAGAUGGACGAACUGAGUCGACGUCCCAAACGAGGGCCGCACUUUGCCGUCAUGCGACACAUUCUGGUGGAGCUCAACGGACACGGAAGCGCAUGGCCGUUCGUCAAUCCUGUCAACGGAGACGAGGUGACGGAUUACUACGAUGUGAUCAAGAAUCCGAUGGAUCUGUCGACGAUGGAGGCCAAGCUGGAGAACAACCAGUACGCCAAUGUGGAUGAAUUGGUUGCCGAUGCUCAACUCAUCUUUGACAAUUGCCGAUCGUACAAUCCAGCCUCGUCGCCGUAUGCCAAGAGCGCGACCAAGCUGGAAAAGUUUCUCAAGGAGACGCUGUUGCCCAAGGUGCAGAGCUCGCUAUGA